AUGGCUACUUCGAGAAAUCUACCACAAAGCAAAGAAGCUUUGUUAAAAUCUUAUCAAACAAGGCUGAAAGAUGAUGUGAAAUGCAUGUUGGAAAACUUUGAAGAAAUAGUAAAACUUGCCAAAGGUGAAAAUGAAACUCAGCUUUUAAGAAUGACUCAAUGUGAGCAAGACACAUAUGAAAUGCAUGUAAGAGCUGCUAAUAUUGUCAGAGCAGGAGAAUCACUCAUGAAAUUAGUGUCAGAUAUGAAACAAUAUUUAAUAUUAAAUGAUUUCCCUUCUGUCAAUGAAGCCAUAGGUCAAAAUUCUAAAAUAUUUAGACAAAAGCAAGAAGAAUGUGAUCAAAAACUAAUGAAUCUUCGUGAUGAUAUGGCAUCUGAUUUGUAUGAUUUAGAAGAAGAAUAUUACACAUCAAUAUAUAAAUAG